UUAUCAUAUCACAUCUGAUACCAUCAAAAUCUGAAGAUCAAAUUUCAUAAUUUGCUCUAAUAUCAUAAAUCUCCAAAUACACUCUAGCUUACGAGAUCAUGAUUUAUCUAAAAUUUAUAUUCACUUUACAAAAUGGCUAGCCUUCUAACUCGUCACUUCCCGUGGUUUCUCCGUCCUCGUUUCACUUCCUGAAAUGGUGGACAAGGAAAAACUAUGAGAUAAACUCAGUAAGUAAAUAUGGAGUGCCCUUAAUUAAACUUAUAGCAUGCCACAUGUGCAAUCACGCAAAACGGAUACAGUAUGGGAACGAAAUAGACGUCUCCUCUAUAGGUCACGGCCAGUGUUAUAAACCUCCCACUGUCAGGCUACAGAAUUUGCUGGUGUAUAAUCCCCACUAGCAGGGUCACUGAACGAACCGGUUCUAUCAAUAACAUGUCGACAUGUGCUAGCGUUUAUAAACCUCCCACUAGCGGGCACGCGAAUAACAUGACCAUAUCGGAGACAAAACAGGCAGAAGUUCACAGGAAAAUCACAAUUCACAAUCACUUUCAGAUCAUCACUUUCAAAUCAUUAGGACAGUCACUUAAAUUCCAAGUGGGCAUGCUCAAUUUAAUGAAAACUAUAAAACAUUUCACUUCAAAUCAAUCACACUUGUGUAAAACGGGUUUAGCCCCCGCCACCACUUCAAAAACAAAUCAAAACAUGCUUUUAAAACAGUACGGGCAUUACCAUAAUUUACUUACCUCACUCGCAUAAAACCGAGCACUCAAUUCACGCACUAACUGACAGAACGAUCGGGAACCUAAUCAAAACACCUCAGAAUUAAUACCGGACUAUCACACAUUCAAACUGAAAUCAUCAUUAGGAUCACUCCUAAUCACAAUGCUACUUCCAUAAAUCUCCACAUGAUUAAAUAUCUCCAAAAUCAUUCUCAUAUCACAAACUAAUCAUUUAAAUUCCCGUUAAAUGUUGGCCCUCGGGGUGUGAACAGUAACAGGUGAACAGUACCACGUCGUGAACAGUACCACGUCGUGAACAGUAACCCCGACUUUCACAAAUUGGCCAAAACACUAGCUAAUCUCACGGGAUUUUCUCCAAAAAUCACAACAACCAACUAACACUCAAUCACAUAAAUCUCACUUGAAUUA